ACACCUGUAGUUUCUGUGAUACAGACAGGCUGCUACACUCACCUGCGUCCUUGCUAUCUCUCUCUGCACGGCCCCCACCAUUGGUGUGAAGGGCUUUAGUCCGUGUGGUGAAUGGAAUUCAUUGUGAUUUAUUGAGGUUAGACAAACUAUCUAAAAAUUUUGAGACAUUCAAUUACCAGGAAGUAAUUAAUCAUAACGAAAUUAUAAACAGUUUCGAUGAAAUACAAGAAGUUUAAUUGUUUUUAAAAUUGAGAUAAUUCUUUUUUAACAACAUGUUUUCAUAAUUCGCCGGGGUCUAACCUCAUACUUUGUACAUGCUUUCUUAAAAAUUGUACCGCCUACAAAUGUAAACAGUUUUUUUUAAAUAUUAAAGAUGUAUAAUAAUGUGCUUCGAACGUGUCUCAUUGGGUCGAGAAAGUUUAGUACGAAAGUAUUAACUAGAUCAAAAACUAAUAAUAAUCAUUUAAAUGUAUUAUCAUGCAACUGCGUGUCGCAUGGAAGAAUUUAUAUCGUUGCGAAGCAAAAUUAUACAACUAAUUCUACAGAAAAGGAAGAUAAUGAUAACAUAAAGUUUUCAAUGACACCAGAAAAUAUAGCAGCCCAACAAAAAAUAGAUGCAUAUAUAGCAGACCCUGAAAAUGAAAAACGAUUCAAAGUAUUGCAAUUGGAAAUUGAUGUUAUGCGACAAAAUGGUGAGAAAGUACCAAAAAAUAUACCUCCGUAUAUAAUGAUACAACUGAUUGAAGCAAACAGUUACAAUAAAAGAAAGAAAAUAUUAGCAUAUGCAUGGUUAGUAGAAGUAAAGAAGGAAAAAAUGUUAGAGACAAAAAGAUUAAAACAGUUGAAAAGGAUGGAAUGGUUAAAGAAUAAAAGUCAAGAACCUGAAGAAAAUGAAUCUGAGCAAGGAAUGAAAUAUGGAUUAGCCUAUAAUUCAAUCUUCUUACGUAUUUAUGAAUCAACCAUGAACAAUCUGUAUAACAAAAAUGCAUUAAAUGCCAUGCAAUUUGGCAACAAAGUCGUAAUAGACUGUAGUUAUGAGGACUAUAUGACUAAUCACGAAUUAACCAGUUGUGCUAAACAACUGAAGGAUGCAUUUGCUUUAAAUCGUACACAUGACCAACCUUUCAAUGUAUAUUUUACAAAUUUUGAUAUGUCAGGCAAACUUGCUACAAAGUUAAAAACUCUUAUGCCAACCAUUUUUAGUCCAGAAUAUCCACUAAAUAUUACUUCCAAGUCAUAUUUAGAAUUGUUUGAUAAAAAAGACCUAGUGUACCUAACGCCUCAUUGCCACAAUGAUAUGGAUGAUUAUGAUCCUUCUGCAAUAUACAUCAUAGGAGCAUUAGUCGACAAAACUACACACGACCCUUUGUCAUUGGCAAAAUCAAAAAAAGAAGGUCUUCGCAUGGCCAAAUUACCUCUUGAUAAAUAUUUGCAAUUUGGAUCUGGUUCAGGUAAAAAUCUUCCGGUGAAUCACGUCUUCAACAUUCUUCUCGACAUACAGCAUACUGGAGAUUGGAAGGUGGCACUUAGACACGUACCACGCAGAAAGUUAGAAUACAAUCAGAAAAUUAAAUUAAGUCGUAAACUGGAAUCAACCUUCAAUAAAAACAAAGAGGAUCCGACGCAUAUCUCAUUAAAUAUAUCAGAUAGUUUCAAAAAUUCUAAAAAUAAUUUUUCAAGUCAGCUUUCAGUAUCUGAACAAGUAAAAUUAAUGCGAAAUAUACCAAGUUUAUCUGAACAACAUAAGUCAAGAGAAAAUGUACCAGAUUUGAGUUAUGCAACAAGACUGAAACUCAGAAACAAGCAAAAUAAAUAAUAUUAUAUAUACAACUCAUAGAGUAAUGUUUCACUUUUAUGUAUCAUAUAAUAAAUGUAAAAUAUGUAGUUGAAA